AUGCAGGGCUCUGACGGUGAUGAAGAUGACUCCAAUGUGGUUGUCAUUUCCAUGGGUGACUUCCAAAGCGAUGGGGACGUCAAUACCUGGCCCGCGUUCCCGUACAAGCCACGCGACGAUUCUCGCUGGAGACAGUUGCUCGCAGAGAACUGGCUCAAGUCUCAGGGUAGCUAUGUGGAAGGCGACGAAUACACUAUCUCAGAGUUACCUGAAGGCUAUUGCCUCUUUGACAGACCGCGCGGCACCAAUCCCUUGAUGCGUGACCCUUUCCUCUACGGGCAUCCCAGCGGACAGUACUUCCAGUCCCAGGCAACCUUCUUCACUCACUUCCUUGCCAUGGCUCAGGGCAAGCUGAGUGAGUGCGAGUGCAAACCCUGCAGCAAGAUGGGAGGUGCCAAACCGACUACAGUUCGACCGGCAUCGAAAGUAGUUCGCGGCCCUGGUCGGCCCAAUGACGACAAGAACCCUGAUUACUGGCGGGAGUACAUACUUAAGUUGAAGGCCAAGGGUACCAUCGAUGAACCCAAUAAGCAACCUACCAACUUUGACUGGGCUCUGUCCGACGCAUUGCUCUCUGACUAUUUCAACAAGCUUGUUCUUGACCCGUCCUUCGUCCCUCGCUGUGGCGAGCUCGUACUUUGUGUUUGGGACAUGGAGGAUAACUCAAGCCUGCUGCGCAACCCUGAGAAUGGCCACAUUGAAAUCCGCGACAAUUACGGCCGCUGGCAUGUGCCUAACUGGCGUGCCGGUGUGGUGACUCAAGCUCCUGAGACCGAAGUUCACAUGCUGGAGAUUGCUGAGAACUCCUACACCACCGAGGAGCUGAGUGACCACGGAUUUCGUGUGGAGCUUCUCCCUGAUCCCGUUGGCCUUGACAAGUCAUAUUCAGUUCAAUCCAGAUACCUACCACUUCGAUGUGUUAAGCCAUUUAACACCUGGCAGCUAUAUCUGGAUGGUCAAUCCCGCGAUGAGCUACAUCCUUCAAUUGAAAACGCCCUGACCGUCAUGUCCUCGUGGAGCGUGGUGCACAAGGUUCAUGUCAAGGGCACCUGGCCCAACAUGAAAAUCAGCUGCAAGGGAAUCUGGAUUGGUGCCGAGCUACUCGCUGUACACGAUACCGUUCGCCUCAAGCCUCGAGGCUACAGCUUUGACGAUACGCUGGAUGGCAAGGCCGCUCAAAUCAACGAUGUUAUGGUCAUUGACAACAUCAGCCUCUUUCUUAGGGACUGCAUCGAAGAUCGAACCUCUCCCAAUCUUGCCAAGAAGUACUCCGUGCUCAUCACCGGCCAAAUUUACACCACCAACCCAAACCGGGGCAAGAACGGCGAGCCAUUCAGUCAAUUUCCUCUCGAGCCAAUGACCAACGAAGAAGCAACCGCAACCUUCCGCCAAGUCGGCAUGUCCUCCUAUGGCCCCUGGUAUCACGUCGCCGUCGGAAAGAACAAGUCCCCCAGCAUCAGCCAGCACAUGAUCCUCGGCCGCUGCUAUGAGCCACUCGCAGCCGACCUGAUGUUCAACAGACGCGAAUUCGGAUACGACCUCGGCGGCGUCAUGCACGGCCGCAACUUCUCCGAGAGCGUCGACACACGCAUGCCAGAAGGCAACACCUGGUUCUGGGGCGAUAGCCGCAUCGAAACACUGGGCAUAGUCGAGAUCAACGGCUUAGAAUGCGACAUGACUGCUCCCCAGCGCGAAACCCCUGCCAAAUGGAGAGCCAUCUUCAGGAUUUUGGGUGGAGAGGUCACUCCCGCAUUGGUCAAGCGCGCUGGCAUUCCUCCCACCAGUGGCAACGUUGGUCGCCCCAAGGGUGCCAAGAACAAGAAGCCUAGCUCGAUGAAGGCGAAGACUGGUCUUGCGCAGGUGGCUCAGACUAGCAAGCUGGUUAGCUCUGCUCUUGGCAGUGCUCCCGAGGAAGAGACUUCUGAUGAUGUGGAGGAAGGGUUUGGUCCAGGACUCGCUCCCCCGCGUACAAUCCCGAAAAGUGAGGAUGAGAGUGAUUUCGCCCUGUGA